AUGGUCUCCAGAGCGCAAGCGUUCAUCGUCGUCUCCUGCGUCAUGUGCUGCGGCUAUCUCCCGCCCCCGUCGGCGGCGGCCUCCUCGCCCGGGCCCGGCGACGGCGACGGCGACGGCGACGGCUUCCUCCGGUGCCUGUCGGCGGCCAUGCCGAGCCGGCUCGUGUUCCCGCGGGGCUCGCCCUCGUUCGCCGCGGCGCUGGCGUCGUCCAUCCGGAACCCCAAGUUCAUGGCGCCCGGCACGGCGCGCCCGCUCGCCGUCGCCGCGCCCGCCGAGGCCUCCCACGUCCAGGCCGCCGUGCGCUGCGGCAGCCGCCACGGGGUGCGCCUUCGCGUGCGCAGCGGCGGGCACGACCUCGAGGGCCUCUCGUACCGCUCCGCGCGCGCCGAAGGCGGCGAGGCGUUCGCGGUGGUGGACCUCGCGAGCCUCCGCGGCAUCCGCGUCGACGGGCAGGCCUCCACCGCGUGGGUGGACUCCGGCGCCACGGUCGGCGAGCUCUACUACGCGGUCGGGAGGGCCAGCGGCCGACUCGCGUUCCCGGCCGGCCUGUGCCCGACCAUCGGCGUGGGCGGCCACCUCAGCGGCGGCGGCUUCGGGACGCUGCUACGCAAGUACGGGGUGGCGGCCGACCACGUCCUCGACGCCGUGCUGGUGGACUCCCGGGGGAGGCUGCUGGACAGGGACGCCAUGGGGAGCGACGUGUUCUGGGCGAUCCGCGGCGGCGGGGGCGCGAGCUUCGGCAUCGUGCUGUCGUGGCAGGUGAGGCUCGUGCCCGUCCCGCCCACGGUCACCGCGUUCAAGCUGCCCGUCUCCGUCGGCGAGGGCGCCGUCGACGUCGUCACCCGGUGGCAGACGGUCGCGCCGGCGCUCCCCGACGACCUCUUCAUCCGGGUGCUCGUGCAGGGGCAGGUCGCCGAGUUCCAGUCCCUGUACCUCGGCACGUGCGGCGCGCUGCUGCCGGUGAUGCGCCGCCGGUUCCCGGAGCUCGGCGUGAACCGCAGCCACUGCCGGGAGAUGACGUGGCUCGAGUCCGUGCCCUACAUCUACCUCGGCAGCGGCGCUGCCGUGGAGGACAUCCUGAACCGGACCACCUCCCUGGCCGCCGCCAGCAAGGCCACCUCCGACUACGUCCGGGAGCCCAUCGCCCGGGCCGCGUGGGCGGAGAUCUUCUCCUCGUGGCUCGCGAGGCCCGGCGCGGGGCUCAUGAUCCUGGACCCCUACGGCGCCGCGAUCGGCGCCGCGCCCGAGGACGCCACGCCGUUCCCGCACCGCGCCGGCGUGCUGUACAACAUCCAGUACAUGAACUUCUGGGCGGCCGCCGGCGGGGACGCGGCGGCGGGGAUCAGGUGGAUCAGGGACCUGCACGCGUUCAUGGAGCCGCACGUGAGCAAGGGCCCCAGGGAGGCGUACUUCAACUACAGGGACCUUGACCUCGGGGAGAACGUCGUGGUGGGCAACGUCAGCAGCUACGAGGCCGGGAAGGUGUGGGGCGAGAAGUACUUCAAGGGGAACUUCCGGAGGCUCGCCAUGGCGAAGGCGCAGAUCGACCCGGACGACUACUUCAGGAACGAGCAGAGCAUCCCUCCGCUCAUCGACGCCGAACAGCCGGUAGUGAUCAAUGAGUGAACUGUACAAGGCAUAAGUCGUAGUUCGACUCUUGCCGUAAAUAAUAAGUUGACGGUGCAUACAAACUCCUCCCGUCCCUUAGGGCAUC